GUAGAUCAAAUCACUAACCAAACGGUCGAUAACCGAGCAAUUUAUACUGGUAGUUCAUUUGCCUUUAGUAUUUUGUUUGAUGCAGGAGUGACUGAAGUAUGUUGUGAUUAAAAAAAUGUUUUAAAGUUUCAGAAUCAAAAAACCAUUCAUCAAGAAACAGCUAUAUUUGUUGAGUCUGUAAAGUUAUAUUAAUUUAUUCUUGGAAAUGAUUCAUACGGGUUUUUGAGCACAGUUUACCGGGUGAUUCCUUACAUUUCCUGGAUUAACCAAGUAACCGUCCAAAAAUCCAAGCCUGCAACAUGGUGUUAUGCAUUGAAACGGGGUUGGACAACAUCCCUUUUAUCCAAUUAGGAACUCAUCAAAUGCGGCUCGAUCUGGAAGAACUGAGGGGCAAAGAUAAACAAAGGGCGGAAAAAGAACUGCGAGAAACACCCGAGAAUGUCGAAUUUGGAUUGACGAAGCUUCGCGAAAUUCUGAAAGCUGAUGAAGGCCUCUACAUACCGUUCGAUGACGAAUCUUUCCUGAUCAAAUUCCUGAGGCCGUGCCGAUACAACCCAGAAACCGCGGCAAAAAUCAUUAGGAAAUUCUACAGAUUCAAAAUCAAGCAUCCCAAAUACAGCGUCAACAUAACGCCUCAGAGCAUCAGACACGUUUUCGACUCAGAAGUGUACAAAUUGAUUCCGAUCAGGACGACAGCCGGUUCCAGGGUGUUGGUGAUAAACUGUGGAGCGAAAUGGAACCCGAAGCAAGUAACCCUGGAAGACUUGUUCAAGGCCACGAUGGUCACCAUAGAAAUCGCCAUGUUGGAACCGAAAACUCAGCUGGGAGGUGUCCACGUCAUCAUCGACAUGGACGGCUUCUCCCUGCUCCACGUCUGCCAAUUCUCCCCUCAGACUGCUAAGCUCAUUCUGGACUGGGUGCAGGAAUGUAACCCAACCAGACUGAAAGGCAUCCACAUUAUCAAUCAGUCGAACUUUUUCAGUAUGGUGUUUACCAUAUUCAAACCAUUUCUUGGGGAAAAACUGAAAAAAUUGUUAUUCUUACACGGAACCAACAGGAAAUCCCUCUUGGAGAAAAUAUCAUCUGAAAGUUUACCGGCAUAUUACGGAGGAACAGCUGAAUAUCCGGAAUAUCCUGGUAGUCUCUUUGCAGAUAUGCUCUUUUAUUAUGAGAAAGAUUUUGAAGUGUAUAACACGUACGGAUACGUCACUACGAAGGUGAAAGCAUAGACUUAAUGAUUUGGCAAGACCGACAGUCGAGGAGGUGAUGACUUA